UUAGAGAAGCCGAGGGGAGGGAACAAGGACCGGAAGUGGAACUCUGUGGUAGGGCACGAAGCCGGCGGGGUAACACUGUCUGUUUUCCGUGCCUUCCCGUUUGUGGAGAACUUCAAGGAGCGGCCUGCGAGGGAGGGAGCAAGGCGCUUGGGCUGCAAAAGAUGUUCAGGAAAGGCAAGAAGCGGCACAGCAGCAGCAGCUCCCAGAGCAGUGAGAUCAGCACUAAAAGCAAAUCAGUGGACUCCAGUCUUGGAGGACUUUCAAGAUCUAGCACUGUUGCUAGUCUAGAUACAGACUCUACAAAAAGUUCAGGUCAGAGCAAUAGCAAUUCAGAUACUUGUGCAGAAUUUAGAGUGAAAUAUGUUGGUGCCAUUGAGAAGUUAAAGCUUGAUGAAAGCAAGACUUUGGAGGGGCCGCUGGACUUAAUCAACUACAUAGAUGUGGCACAGCAAGAUGGAAAACUACCCUUUGUUCCAGGGGAAGAGGAAUUUGUUAUGGGAGUGUCCAAGUACGGCAUUAAGGUCACAACUUUGGACCAGUAUGAUGUUCUGCAUAGACAUGCACUUUACCUAAUUGUUCGUAUGGUCUGCUAUGACGACGGCCUUGGCGCAGGCAAGAGUUUGCUGGCUUUGAAAACAACUGAUACAAAGUAUGAAGAAUACAACCUUUGGAUAUACCAGUGUAAUAGUUUGGAACAAGCACAAGCCAUUUGUAAGAUGCUCUCUACAGCCUUUGACUCAGUUUUAACAUCUGAGAAGUCCUGAAUUUCAGUUAACUCCACUUCAUGCCGAGGAAGUGCUUCUUGCUGUGACUGCAGCAAUUGUCGGCCAAAGAAGCAUUUUGGUACAGAAGAACUGGAUUUUUAUUUUUAAAGAACUGCUUCAUCUCUUCAAAGAAGCUGCUGCUGUUUUUUGUAAAUGUUUGUUUUAAACUAUAUGGCCAAGGACCAAAUCAAGACUUAAUAAUAUAAGUUAACUUAUGUUAAUGAACCUGUACAGCAGGAGUGGGCAAAAUGCAACCUACAGGCAAUAUUGUGGCCCCUGCCCCCCCCCCUUCAAGGAUCAACCAUUUUUGUUGUUUUGUUUGUUGCAAAAAAAUUAACUAUUUCUCCAAAAGGUUCAAAGAUUAGUUCUAGAUAUUGCAGAAGGUGUUUCCACAGUAUCAAAGCAAUAUUUUGCAAAACAUCUUCCUCUCUCAAUAUGUCCCUAAAUGCCCUCCAGGGCUCUUCAUGGCCCAAAAACCUGCCUUUGUGUUCCAUAGAAGGCAUUUAGGGGCAAAAAAGAAUUGAGGGAAAACAUAAAUCCCUCUACAGCAGAGUUUUCCAAACUGUGUGUCAUGACACAUUAUGUCGGCUACAGUGUAUAGGUGUGUCACAUGAAUGUAAUUAAACCUUUGGGUCUACGUGAAAUAAACAACAAAUCCUGUGUGUGUGUGUGUGUGAGUGAAAGAUUUCAUGAGAUAUGUUGUGUCUCCAUACAUUCCAUUAUUACAAUUCAUGCAAGUUUUAUAAAAGUUUUACCUUUUAUAAGGGACUGGUUUACCCUAAUUUACUAGUAAGACGUAAUUAUUGUGUCAUGAAAUCAAGAAUGUGUAAAAAGGACAUUACUAACAUGAAAUGUCUGAAAGGCUCUGCUCUAAGGUUUCUUGGCGGGCAGAUGUGGCUCCUUAGUCUUCCCUGCUAUAGACUGAUGUUUUUUAUACGAAUUCUAAAUAAACUUUGCUUCUUUGA